CGGAGGAGAGAGAAAGAGGAGUGAGGCGUGAGAAAAAGAAAGAGAGUGGAGCGGUGCUGUGAUUGGAGCAGUAGCGUGUCGGCGGUGUGCGUGCAUGCGUGCGUGCGUGCGUGCGUGCGUGCGUGUUACCUGCGUGCACGGUGCCUGCGUGCAUGCGUGCGUAAACGUCAAACAUAACCUGCGGAACUUGGCCGUUGCGCUUGUGUGUCGCGCGGACGCGCGAGAAAGGAACUCGCACGAGAGAAAGAAAUCGCGCACAGCGCAGUAACGGAGGUGAAGCCGGGGACAGGUUCCGUCGUCGCGCAGGAUCGACGUUCCACACUACGGGAACGAAGACAAGGGAAACGGUACCGUCGGCCGAUACCGUCGCAUGAAACGAGGAUACAGCGGCGGUAGCCGCUCGUCGCGUCGGCACGCGCUGUCUCCCUCCCGGCUGCAGGCUACGUAAGAGGUUAGAGGUCCUGCGCGGGCAGUUCGAAUCACGAAGAACGCAACGAACGAAGCGAAAGAGGGAAGGAAGAGGAAAAAGAAGAGGAGAAAGAAGACGACGACGACGACGACGAAGAGAAGUGGUGGUAGUGUCAUGCUCGUCGCGUGAGUCGUCGUUACUCGCGAGACGCGCGUCAAGAUCGCCUGUCCGCCCGCUCGCUCGAUCGAUCAAUCAAUCAAUCGAUCAAUCGAUCAAUCAAUCAGUUGAUCGAUCGAUCGAUCGAUCGAUCGUCCGUCCGAUCGGUCCGCGGAAUCGGCGGGACCCGCUUGGGACCAAGGGGAACGCGCGCGUCCUCGAGCGAAACGUAAUAACGGUGGCUCACCGUGCUAUCCGGAGGACGAGGGGGCGCGCCGCCGUCCCGUGAAGAGCGCGCGGGCCUGCUUUGAUGGCAGUGGUCGGGCCCAGCCGACACUCGCGGGUGUCCAUGAGCGUGUCGAUACCGCUGAUGCAGGGCGGCGGGGCGGGGGCGACCGGCGCCGCCGGUGGCGGCGGCACCGCGGCCGGGGCCCAUCCGGGUCAAGCGGUCCUCGCGGCGGCCGCCGCCGCCGCUGCCGCGGCCCAGGCGGCGCCCCCCACUUAUUAUCACACCGCGGCACCCGCGCCCCCGCCGCCGCCACCCGCCCAGGAUCCCGUCCAGGACAGACCCAUCGGCUACGGGGCCUUCGGCGUCGUUUGGGCCGUCACGGAUCCGAGGGAUGGCAGGAGAGUAGCCUUAAAAAAACUGCCGAACGUCUUUCAAAGUCUCGUGAGCAGCAAGCGAGUCUUCAGGGAGCUGAAGAUGCUCUGUUUCUUCAAACACGAUAACGUCCUUUCCGCGCUGGACAUUCUGCAACCGCCGCAUUUGGACUUCUUCCAGGAGAUAUACGUGAUCACCGAGCUGCUCCAGAGUGACCUGCACAAGAUCAUCGUCAGCCCGCAGCAUCUCACCCCGGACCACAUCAAGGUCUUCCUUUAUCAGAUCCUUCGAGGCCUCAAGUACCUUCACUCGGCCCGAAUUCUCCACAGGGACAUCAAGCCGGGGAACCUCCUAGUGAAUAGCAAUUGUAUAUUAAAAAUCUGUGAUUUCGGAUUGGCCCGGGUGGCGGAGCCCGACCAGAAUGUGCACAUGACCCAGGAAGUGGUGACACAGUAUUAUCGCGCGCCGGAAAUCCUGAUGGGCGCGCGGCACUACACCGCCGCGGUGGACGUGUGGAGCGUCGGUUGCAUUUUCGGCGAGCUCCUUCGCCGGCGGAUCCUCUUCCAGGCCCAGAGCCCCGUGCAACAGCUCGAGCUGAUCACGGAACUGCUGGGCUCACCCACCCUCGAGGAGAUGAGGUACGCGUGCGAGGGCGCGAAAACGCACAUGCUGAGAAGAGCGCAGAAACCACCCUCGCUCACGUCACUGUACAAUCUCAGCACCCAGGCGACGCACGAGGCCGUCCAUUUGCUGUGCCAGAUGCUAGUCUUCGAUCCCGACAAGAGGAUCACCGUGGUGGACGCCCUGGCACAUCCUUAUCUGGACGAGGGCCGACUGCGGUAUCAUUCGUGCAUGUGCACGUGCUGUUACACGACAAGCGCCGGGAUGCGGCAAUACAGGGUGGACUUCGAGCCGUCGGCGACCCAUCCCUUCGACGAUCUCUGGGAGCGAAAGCUCACGAGCGUGCAGCAGGUGAAAGAGGAGAUGCACAAAUUUAUAGCGGAGCAGCUGAACCCGUCGCGAGUGCCGCUCUGCAUAAAUCCGCAAUCUGCAGCGUUCAAGAGCUUCGCGAGUUCUGAAGUUCCGGCUUUAAAAGCAUCCAAGUACUCGAAGUGAUACAUAUUAUUUCUCCACGGUGGCUCACCCCUCGGAAUUGCCACCCUCUCCACACCAAUGGGAAUAAAAAAGUCUUCCCCGUUCCCGUCCCCGAGAUCCGAGGACACGAGGGUGACUUCGCGUCACGCUCCAAGGAGAAGAAUCUUCGCCGACCGGAAGAUAGCAAUUCGCCGGAAGAGAAAGGAAGAGAGAGAGAGAGAGAGAGAGAGAGAAAGAAAGAGAGACACAGAGACAGAGAGGGGGAAAGAGGAGAAGGAGGAGGAGGAGAAGGAGGGAAGAAAAAAGACCAGGGGGGACUGGAAGCUGCGGAGAGAAAAGAGCCAAGAGAGACAAUAGACUGCCGAGCACUGUAGCCUCAAUUUUUCGACUAGCUGAUACAUCUACAUACACAGGAUAUCGCGAGGGAUGCACGGAAAAACGGCGAGGACAUUCGACUCGACGAGAAAUUUUCGGAGCUUUCGUGAUUUUUCUCGGUGACGUAUCUCUCCGGGAAUUGGGAGAUUAUUCAGUUUCUUCGUAACUUCACGAAGAAUCUUGAAGUAUUUCCGAUUUUUCUUCGAAAAUGUAUUACCUCUCGAGAUAACUCGAGAGAAACCGAAGAAUUUUCUUAUUUGACUUCAGAGAGACGCGCUUCUAGAUAAAUUUAAAAUUUUUCCCGAAACAACAAGACGUGACAGGAGGAGAUUUAAUUCCUCACAAGUUCACGAGAUAUCUCACACUCGAAUCAUCGAAAUUUCGUUUUGUUCGCAAACUGUCGCGGGUAAGAUUUUCUCCACGAGUUAGUCCCCCCGUUAGUGGGUGAACAAAGUGAACUCCGAUUUUAAGAAGAUUUCCAAGGAUUAACUGAUAUGAACUAUUAAAGAUUAAGGAUGUUUCCACAUCCAUCUAACGUUGUCCAAGUACACAUCAACUUUCGUGCUCCGAAUUUGAAUUCUGCAAUGACACACUCGGUCCAUACCGUACUUUUUCCAUGCGCUCUAUCGUGCAUCCUGUAUUAUGUUGUGUGUAUAUAUAGCAAUAUAUAUUAUACAUAUUAUACGUAUACAUACAACCGGGUAGGAUGGGGAGGAGAAAGAAAGGAAGAGGGAGGAGGGAAGUGAGUGAGUGAAUGAGUGA